AUGGGUAUGAAGGUAUUGGUGACUGGCGCCUCUGGCUUGCUGGGGCGUGCUGUUAUGCAGACGUGCAUCCGGGCUGGACAUCAUGUCGUGGGUCUGGCAUUUUCACGAGCCUCUGACGCCAUCCAGCAGCUAGAUCUUACAGACGCAGACGCUGUGUAUGAUGUGGUGCGUCGUGAGCAUCCUGAGGUUGUUAUCAACUUGGCUGCAGAGCGACGUCCCGAUGUUGUUGAGCAGAAUCCCGACGCAGUCAAGAAGCUCAAUGUUGAGGCGCCUGCUGUGCUCGCGAAGGCAUGUCGGGAGCUGGACCCACCUGCCUACUUGAUUCAUAUUUCCACGGACUAUGUCUUUGACGGGCGCAAUCCCCCCUAUGCGGUCACAGAUGCCACAAACCCAUUGAACGCGUAUGGAAGAAGUAAGCGCGAUGGCGAAUCGGCCGUCUUGGCUUCUGCAUUGCCAGGCCAUGCGACUAAUCUUCGCCUGCCUGUCUUGUACGGCGAAACUCUCUUUCCCGGAGAAUCGGCCGUGAAUGUACUUCUUGAGGCAAUUCAACCGCGGGAAAGUCGCAUCCGCAUGGAUGCACACUCUGUGCGAUAUCCAACCAACGUGACUGAUGUCGCGCGCGUCAUUGAGCAGCUUGCCACUCUCUACCAGAAGCGACUCCAUUCGUCCUCAUCGCCUAUGCCAAGUGCGCUGCACUUUUCUGCCCAGGAGUCUAUGACUAAAUAUGACAUGUGUCUCACCUUUUCCCGCCUGUGGAAUGAUGUGUGUGGCGAAGCCGUGUCUUCUACGGACCAUCUGAAUCCCCAGUAUGAAGAGGAUCCACGUGCUGCCACGCAACGGCCUGGCAACUGCCACUUGGAUGUCCAAGCCACUGCCGACUUGGGCAUCGAUGUGCACUGUGUGCUGUUUGAAGAGUGGUGGCGCGACUACCUGGCUCGCUGCGGCCCACCGACGUCGUCAUCCAAAUCCACUGAAUCCCAGAGCCAGUUGGAAUCCAAGCCUGACAUAAACAAUUCCCCACCUUCAGCAUCCGUUUCUGACAAUGAGCGAACCAAGCCCACUCGGGAAGACAUGGACCAUAACCAAGGUACGAAGAACGUCUCUAACAGCGAGGACUCUAGUCUAGGUGCCAUGGGUGAUAAGGCGCUACCGGCGCCUGCAGUGGCGGACCAUAACAGUCACAACGAGGACGAUGAUUUGGAGCGCUACGGCACAAGGACACCAUCAGAACAGCUGCAGACCAGCGACCAUACGAAUGAGACGCAGUGCGAUCCCCCUGUUGAGUUUACCGUGCGCGUGGGUGAUCCGCAGCGUGUGGGUGAUCCCGUGACAGCACAUGUCGUAUACACUGUUCGCCUCACAACAAAUGCGCCUUGGUUUGCGCGGUCAGAGCUCUCUGUACUGCGUCGAUACAGUGAUUUCCGCUGGCUUCAUGCUGCCAUGGUGCACAAUCAUCCAGGCGUAGUCGUGCCACCGAUCCCCGAAAAGGUCAAGUUGGGUCGCUUUGCACCAGAGCUCGUCGAAUUCCGGCGCAGGUCGCUAGAGCGCGCGUUGCACAAAAUCUUGCUUCAUCCCAUGUUGCAAAGAGACGACGACUUGAAAUUGUUUUUGGAAAGCUCGAAUUUAUCCGCCGAUAUCCACGACCGUGAUGCUCGGAAGGGUCGCGUCAUCACACCUGAGUAUAAGACGUACUUCGGAUGGAGUCAGGCGCUACAGCAAUACCGUUUUGAGGAUCCAGAUGACUGGUUUUCUCGACAGCUGGACUAUAUGGGCCAAUUCGAAAUCCGUAUGAAGGAGAUGGCUGAGGGAAUCUCGGUCCUGUCUCAGAAACGCAUGGCCCUCGCAGCUGCCCAAGAGCAGUUGUACCAGACUCUUGUGGCACUCUCUAGCAGCAACUUGUCCCGCAGUGUAUCCACAUGUUUUGCGGCGUUGGGAGACAUGAAAAAGCGGUCGGCGCUGGCGUCGACAGCAUUAGCAGACCACGAAGCCAAUGUUUUGGGUCUGGUCGUGUAUGAAUAUGAACGCAUGGUCGGCAGCGUCCGCAAAGCCUUUGCUACGCGCGAAGAAGUUUGGCAGGCAUGGCAACAUGCAGACGAUGAACUUUCGCGUGUUCGCUCAAAGUAUGCGAGGCCAAAUGACGCUCAUAUUGAUACACAGAACCAUGCUCUAACACACGCACAAAUCGCACACGCGGCUCUUCAUACUCGGUUCGAAGAAGUCACGCGUCUCUGCAAGUUGGAAGUCGAAAAGCUUGAGCGUGAUAAGGUCGCAGAUCUUCGCAAAGCUUUUGAGGACUAUGUCCAUAAAUUUCGUCUUGUGCAACACGACCUCAUGGAUGAGUGGGCUCAUUGCGAAUCUAUUGUCCUCCGCGUGACGAAUAAAAGCAACAGGGUACGUACAAAUAUGAGGGCGAGGGGUGAGGAGCAAGAGUAUGGUUUGGUAUAUUUUGAUGGAAUGUGA